AAAUUCGCAUAUCACUAUCACGAGCAUCUUCAUCCUAUCGUUCAAAGUUCAAAGUAAAGCCUCUAGAUCUAGAUAUAUAUAGUAAGUUUAUCAUAGAUAAAGAUCUGCCGUCUUAGGGUAUAGAAGAGAUAGUUAUAACUUCAAUCAGUUUAGUUAGACACUACUAGAUCUAGAUCUAGUAGCAGUUAGAAAUAAGAAAUGGCUCCACAAAACAUUAAGAUCAUCUACUUUGAUGCCAGAGGUAGAGCUGAAGUAAGUCGCCUAAUGCUGGCUGCUGCUGGUCAAAAGUUUGAAGAUGUGCGACACACAAAAGAAACUUGGCCCACUGAGAAACCAAAUACUCCAUUUGGACAGCUUCCUGUAAUUGAGAUAGAUGGAAAGAGAUUUGCUCAAAGUGUGGCUAUAGCAAAUUAUGUGGCUAGAGAGUUUGGAUUUUAUGGUAAAACCAAUUUGGAAGGGUUAGAGAUUGAUCAGGUUGUCCAGCUAGGAAUGGACUUUUUGAGUGCUGCUGUAAAAUCAUAUCAUGAAAAAGAUGAAGCUAAGAAAGCUGAACUCAACAAGAGUUUAAAAGAAGUGGAGGCACCAAAGUAUUUAGCUUUCUUUGAGAAGUUACUGAAAGAAAGUGGUACUGGCUAUUUUGUUGGCGAGGCUCUAACACUAGCAGACUUCUUUGUCUAUGAUUUAACCUAUGCUUUUGGCAAGCGAGGUGUUUUAUCUUUGGAUAGUUACCCACUAUUGCAAGAGCUUCAGAAUAAAGUAGAAAGUAAUGAAAAGAUCAAAGCCUAUCUGGCAGAGAGGAAAGAAACAGAAAAUUAGGCUACUAGUAAAAACGCAUAUAAUUUAAGGAAGAACUACUAGGCCCUGAUACUCAACAGCUGUUAGUGUUUGUUUUAUAUUGUCAUUUCCUCUAAUGUUGUGAUUGUUACCAGUUCAUGGAGCAUUGAAAACAAAAACUAUUUUUAUAUUAUUAUUAAGGAAAAAAAAAGAUAUUAAAAUAGAUUUUAAAGUUG